AUGGCGAGCGAGCCAGCCAAGUCCUCGAAUCCCGGGGCCCCAGAACAUCUCCAGCCACAUCCCAUAGUCACUUAUCCUCCUCAGCAGUAUGGCGGCCAGUAUCCCCCGCCUGUCCCCUAUCCGCCCUAUUAUACCUACGCCGCCGUCCCCGAUGGCAGCCACGACCCCAAUGCCGCUAACGGGGCCCCGCCGCCCCCUCCAUACUUCAUGGCGCUCCCGCCCCCGCCGCCGGGAAUGGUCUAUGCCUAUCCUGCCCCUCCGCCUGGCCAAGCUUUCCCUCCAUAUCAGCCUCAGAUGCAGCCCACGCCGAGUACGGUGCGGCCCAAACGUAAGCAAGUAAAGAUGGCAUGCACUAACUGUGCGACUGCCUGCAAACGCUGCGAUGAGGCCCGCCCGUGCGAACGCUGCGUCAAGUAUGGAAUCGCGGAUACCUGCAUCGACGGCGUCCGCAAGGAGCGCAAGAAGGGCGUGAAGCGAGGUCCCUACAAGCGCAAGAGCAAGACGGACGACCCGCCCACCAGCGGUGAAACGUCUGCUCCACCGCCGGCCCCGUACCCCGCGCCUCCCGAGAGCUACUAUCCUUACGUCUAUCCUCACCCCUAUGUCCCGCCUCCUCACGACGGGCAGCCGCACCCCGAAGGCGUACCUGGCGCCCAUGUCCCCCAUCCGCCGUACUAUCCAGGCUAUCCUGUCUACGCACCGUAUCCGCCGUACCCUGGCGCUCCGCCUAUGCCCUACCCGCCUCCGACCAUGGCGCCACCUCCUGCGCCUCCCGCAUCGAAGCCUCCCGAGCCCACUACUGUCGCGCCUGCGGAGGUGAAUGGCAAUGUCGCGAGUAAGAACAAGAAGCGGUCGCGCGUGAAGAGCAACGAAGAUGGAGGCGCGAGGGGCAAGAAAGCGAAGCAUGCCGGGGACUUUCACGCUGACGGCGAAGCCCCGCGCGCUAUCGUUCAAGGCGAUACAGCCCCGGUCUACGCGAACGACGCGUCGAGAACCAUGGUGGCUGUCUAA